AUGGAACUUGUUGAAAUAAUUGAAAAACCACGAGUAAGUAAUGUAUUUUUAAAAGAAGGCCCAAGAAGACCACAAAUAGGAUCUGUUGCAUUAAUAGGACAUCAUUUUAUUUUUAUUCCUAGUGAAUGUCGUAAGAAAGAAAAAAAAUAUAUUUUACCAGAAGAUGAUGAAUUAUGGUUACUUCAUCGUGCUAUUGAUAAAGUUGAGAUAAAAAAAUUUAAAUAUCGUAAAAAUAAUGGUCCUAUAGAGAUCGGUGGUUAUUUAUAUUUAAAAUGUAAAAAUUUUCUUAUUGUUGUUUUUCAAUUUUUUAACUAUGAUGAUUGUGCAUCUAUUGGAAGAAAUAUUGAAACAUUAUCUAACAUUACAGGAUUUACAUUAGAUUAUCCAUUUUAUUAUCAAUGCCCUUUUAAACCACUUGAUAAUGGUUGGACAUCAUUUUCUGUUGAUGAACAAUAUGCAAAAUUAAUACUUCAAAAUGGACAAAGAUGGCGAAUUAGUUCUGUUAAUGAAAAUUAUACAGUUUGCCCAACAUAUCCUGAAAAAAUUAUAGUUCCAGUUGGUAAUGGUGAUGAUUAUAUUAAAAUUUCAGCAACAUUUCGUGCUGAAUGUCGAUUUCCAAUAUUAGCAUAUUAUCAUCCAUCAACAAAUGCUUCUAUUAUUAGAUGUGGUCAACCAUUAGUUGGACCAACAAAUAGACGAUGUAAAGAGGAUGAGGUUAUUGUUAAUUCAUUUCUUGCACCAAACCAAAAAGGUAUUAUAUAUGAUACAAGACCUAAAACGAUAACAUUUUUUGCACAAGGUCUCGGGGGAGGAACAGAAUCAAAAUCUAAUUAUCCACGAUGGAGAUAUGUGAAUGGAAAAUUACCAAAAAUAAAAGAAAUUCAUGAUGCAUUAACAAAAACUAUUAAUUUAUGUAAUAAUACUAACAUAGGAAUAGAUAAAUGGUUUAAACAACUUCGUUCAGCAAGAUGGUUAGAGAUUGUAUUAGAAAGUCUUACAGCUGCGGCAACUGUUGCUCAAAUAGUAGACUGUGAAUGCAUGCCUGUUAUGGUACAUGGUGGUGAUGGUUUAGAUACAACACUUUUAGUUACCUCAGUCGCAAUAUUAUUAUUAGAUACUGAUUCUAGAACAAUAAGAGGAUUUGAAGCAUUAAUAGAACAUGAAUGGAUUAUGGCUGGGCAUCCAUUUUCAAUACGAUGUGCUCAUUCAGCAUAUAAUACUGGAAAUAUUACAGGAAAAUAUGAAUCACCUGUAUUUUUGUUAUUCUUAGAUUGUGUAUGGCAAAUAAUGAGACAAUAUCCUGCAUCAUUUGAAUUUAAUGAAGAUUUUUUACUUGUUAUAUUUGAACAUGCUUAUGCCUCUGAAUUUGGUUCCUUUUUAGGUAAUUGUGAAAGAGAAAAAAAAAUAAAUAGAGUUAAAGAAUUAACAACUUCAUUAUGGAGUUAUAUUAAUCAUCCUGAUAUAUUAGUAAAUUAUGUUUCUCCAUCUUAUGAACCUAAUACUGAAACAUUAUGGCCUUCUGUUGCACCACAAGUAAUUGUUUUUUGGGACCGUUUAUUUAAAAGAUGGCGACUUGAUUGGAAACAAAUUGAUCAAAUACAACAAAUAGUUAAAAAAGUUAAAAACACAAAAUUAGCAUUAAAUUGUGAAAAAAAUGAUAAUUUAAAUAAUGCAUAA